GGUGGGAGGAGCUGCGUAAUCAUAACAGCAGAUCUACAAACGCUGUGCACAGACCCCUGCUGGCUCACGUAUUGAGGUCAGGCUGUGUUCAGAUCAGUGGGGCGCUUGAUUUAGCUCUCCCAGACGUCCUCCAGAGCGUUUUUCACCUCGCUCGACCCCUCUGCUCACUUGUCCUUUACAUGUUUCAAACUUCCCCAGCAGCCGGGGCGUCGACAUGGACAGAGUCGUUUUACAGCUGCAGGCUCGGUGCUUCUCAUAGGUUAUUCGUAUGGCCGGAGCAUGCUGCAAGUGUCCGGUCUCUCUGUCCGUGUUCAAGCGCUCUCUCUCGGUGGCGCCGCGGGGCAGCGGGUCCGCUCCUCGGUCCCUCCUCCCGGGCUGGAGGCUCGGGGAGCGGGGCCUGCAGGAGGCCGCCCGACCCUCCAGCGCCUUCAGACCCGCAGGCUUUUACCGACACACGACCUUCUUCUGUCUCUCCUGCCAGGAGGCCAUGAGUGAGAGUCUGCGGACCUGCUAUCUGUACCUGAACCAGACCAGCAGGAGCUUUGCAGCUGUGAUCCAGGCGCUGGACGGGGAGUUACGACAUGCAGUUUGUAUUUUCUACCUGGUUCUGCGAGCGCUGGAUACAGUGGAGGACGACAUGACCAUCCCUCUGAAUAAGAAGGUUCCCAUGCUGAAUGACUUCCACACAUACCUGUACCAGGAUGAGUGGUGCUUCACUGAGAGCCAGGAGAAAGACCGACAGGUUCUGGCGGAUUUCCCCACGAUAUCACUGGAAUUCAGAAACCUCGCUCAGGAAUACAGAGACGUCAUCUCAGAUAUCUGCCACCGUAUGGGAGUGGGAAUGGCUGAAUUCCUGGAAAAGAAAGUGGGAUCCAUGAAGGAGUGGGACCUGUAUUGUCACUACGUGGCGGGGCUGGUCGGUAUCGGUCUGUCUCAGCUGUUCUCUGCGUCCCAGUUGGAGGACCCUGAGGUGGGGCGAGACACUGAACUGGCCAACUCCAUGGGCCUGUUCCUCCAGAAGACCAACAUCAUCCGAGACUAUCUGGAGGACACGCAAGAGGGACGUGCCUUCUGGCCGCAAGAGGCUUGGAGUCAGUUUGCAGGUCGUCUUGAGGACUUGGCUCAGCCUGAGAAGCUGGACUCGGCUCUCUCCUGUCUCAACAUGCUGGUCACUGACGCUCUGCGACACGUCCCGGAUGUUAUCGCCUAUCUGUCCCGCCUGCGCAACCAGAGCGUCUUCAAUUUCUGUGCCAUUCCGCAGGUGAUGGCAAUAGCUACGCUGUCGACAUGUUACAACAACCCCAUGGUGUUCCAGGGAGUGGUGAAGAUCAGAAAGGGACAGGCAGUCACACUCAUGAUGGAAGCCACUAACAUGAGAGCUGUGCAGACCAUCAUCACCCAGUACAGCCAGGAGAUUUUACAGAAGGUCUCCCUCACGGACCCGUCGCGGGACAAGACACUGCACAUCCUGGCUGUAAUCAGAGAGAAGUCCACUCUGUCACAGUCCAGCCUCCCCUCCAGGACCCACCACCUGUCGCCCAUGUACCUGUCUGCUGCUAUGCUGCUCGCCGCUCUCAGCUGGCAGUACCUCAGUACCACUGCGGCGCAGGCACAGGGCACCGGAGACAUGCAGGGACAGUGAACGCAUUUCCCCUCACCUUUCCCGGGGCUCACAGACUUAGAAAGCCUCUUUAGCCAACUCUGGACAUCCAGAUCUCCCCUAACUGGAGAAAUCUGAAGCACUUCUUCACAUUUUGCCCUCUUUGUUAUUGCUGCCACAGGACCAUGGACUUAUUUAGACGAUGGAGGGUUUCUGGUAGCAGGCUGGUCUCUUUAGGUUGUUUGAUUGUGAUUUCUAGUCAUCCAUCCUGCAUCUGGAUAAGUUAUUCACACACUUGUGUUGUGUGGUUAGAUUGACCAGCAUUAAUGGCACAUUGAAACAAUUCAGGGUGUUUUGUUGUUUGUUGUAAUUUUUGUUGUCAUUUGGUUUGUUUUUGGCAUUUUGACCCUUUGAAUUGGGUCAGAUUAUUACCAAUAAGAACAUUUCAAGACAGAAAUUAGUAGCCUGAAACUGCCAUUGAUCCACUUAAGGGGACAUAAAUCGAUCAACCUUCAUUUAUUAAAGUACCACAAAUGCUGUGGUUCAGGCAAAGGUUGCAAAACAAUAUACAUUUUAUAUCAAGGAAUAAAUGCUAACAAAUACUUUAAAAUUAUAAUCCACACAUGUCAAAUUGCAUUGACAUCUGCAGGAUCUUCGGUUUUCUAUCCCCCCAAAAGGGUCGUGGCCUUGAUGUUUCGUUAAGUACCCAUAUGUUCCAGUCUGGUCAAUUGGCUUGCAGCGGCUGGAAAUCUGUGUGAACGGAAGAAGGACCAUAUGCAUCUGAUAGAGCAAAUAAAACAUGAGCUUGCAGAUUCAUCUGGUUCUCAAGCUAAGAGUUUAAUUGUGUGUUUAAGUGUGCAGAACUGUUGAAGGGUGCACUGUAUGACACUGCCCAUUAUAGGAUUUUGGGGAACACAGUUACAAAACUCCUUUAAGUUUUUGAUUAAUUUUGUGUCAAAUCCUAGUCUUUGAAUUUUUCAUGUCAAAUCCAAGCUAGCUCAAUAUUCCAAUUAUGUUUCUACAAGAAAAACACUUAAAUGAAAUGACUGUUGUAACAGUGCACUUUGCAGUAAAUGCACUGUAUGUUAGCGUAGGUGACGGGGACAGUCGAGCUUUAUUUCAAUUUAAUGUCUGUGUUCUUUCUGUUUCAACUCUGUCUUUUUGAAAUAGCAGAAAAAACAGUGCAAUUCCAAGGUAGCUUUGACAUGGACUGUUGAAAUAAAUGAUGGAGAACAAAUGUAAUUUCUGGUACAUUUGAUAUAAAAGAAUUGCAUAUUGAGACCGCUAGCUAAAGUGUCCUUAACACAGCUUUGGUGAGUAGAAAGGCUAGCACAUAGUAACCUUGUACAGAACCAAAGGGGAGCUACAAACAUUGCUAUGUAAUGUGACAUUUUGAUUUGUACAUAUUUGAGCAAAUAAAGAGGUG